GGCGGGGCCUGCAGGUGGUAGAGCCAUAAAAGCAGAGGCUGAGCACUGCCUCCCGGGUCAGCCAAGUUCUCCCAGUUGCAGCUGAGCCUGCCUCCUAGGCUCACAGAGGCUGCAAGGCGCCAGAGGUGGUGCUCGAUUCCCAUCUGCUCCCAAGCGGCACCUGGGCAGCAGGGAGGGCGUGGACCUGCAGGGGCCAUUCCAGACUUCCAGUAAGUGCAUCUCAGAGACAGCUCAGAAUGAGUCAGAGGACAAAGGCUAUGCACAAGAAGCUGGGUGUGGUCAAGCAGGAAUAUUAGAUCCUACAAUGGGAGCACCACCAUGCCACUAACAGGAACACACAGGCCUUCAGUGAACCUGGAGGUCUCCACCCACAGCAGAAAGGUCCGCCAAGAGCCCUGAGGAGAUGGACCGCGGGACCAGAUACCCCAUCUUCAGUGACCCACACUCAGCUCGUGUCACUGGGCUGGCACUGGAUGGGGACGCCAGUUACAGGAUUGAGCUGGUGGGUGUGGGGCCUGAGGACAAUGGCUGGGUUCAGGACGAGAUCCAAGCUUUUCCAACGGACUGGGAGACCCAUGUGGACAGCACAGAGACACGGGUGCUCCGUGGCAGAUACACUGUUCUCGGCCACCCAGCGAAGGACAGGGAUGAAGAGACAAAGGUUUACCUCCUGGAUGCCAGCCAUGGCCCUCCCAGGCAGCUGCAGGACCUGGAGCGCGAGCGCCGGGCGGUCAUCCAGGGGCAGGCGGUCAGGAAAGGCAGCACAGUGGCCACGCUUCGUGGUACCCCUGAUCACCAGGACGGCUGGCCACCCGGCCCCCUGCAGUCCAGUCCCCUGGAAGAGGAAGACGUGAUCGACAGGGAGCAGAUUGAUUUCCUGGCGGCUAGGCAGCGCUUUUUGCAGCUAGAGCAGGCGGGCGUGAACAGGACCUCGGUCUCCCAGAGUCCCCUGGCCAGAGUGUCCCCAGCACGUGCCCAGCUGGGGUUCAUCCAGGCCCCCAAGGCCUCACAUGAGCCCCAGCUGGCCAAUGGGUAUGUUGUCCCCGCCGCCGCCCAGGACAAGGAGGUAGUCAUGGUGGAGAAGACGGCUCGUAGUUUUGUUACUGGACCCGGCGUCCAAGCUGUGGACAACUCCAGCCCUUGGUCCCAAGCCACUAACAACUCCAGCUUCCGCUCCCAAGACAAAGGCCACCCCAGCUUCAAAUCCCAAACCCCAGAUGUCUCCCACCUCUGGUCCCAACCCACGGAAGACCCUGGCUCCUGGGCCCCAGAGCUCCCCAAGGAGACACCCAUUGAGCGGGAGAUCCGGUUAGCCCAGGAACGCGAGGCAGACCUGCGGGAGCAGAGGGGCCUGGGGCGGGCAGCUGGCCACCAGGAGCUGGUAGAGAUCCUCACCCGGCCAGUGCUGACCAAAGCUAGCCUGACCGAGUCCCCACGGAGGGACCGGGGCCGCCCAUCCCUGUAUGUGCAGCGUGACAUGGUGCAGGAGACCCAGCGGGAGGAAGACCACCGACGGAUGGGCCUGCAGCCCAGUGGGACAUCCACGCCUGACUGGGUCUCCGAAGACCCCCAGCCUGCACUUGAGAGGACACUGAGCUCAGAGUCCAUCCUCAACCCCAUGCCAGAUGCCCGGGCAGCUGACCAGGCUCCAGAGACAAGGAAGGUGAACCGUAUACCACCCGACGCCUAUCAGCCGUACCUGGGCGGCGGGAUCCCCCAGCAAGAGUUCUCACCAUUCUGGGGAUACCGCAAGCCUAGUGCUGCCCCCACAGCAGAGGCCAAACCUUUGGGCUCUCCAAAGUCCCUGGGUUUUCAGAGGCCUCUCUCAGAAUCCUCCGGAAAACCUGUGAGCACAAAGUCCCCUAGGGGACACCUGCAAGCCAGCAGGACCACGGUGCCACGGGAGUACUUCUGCCUGCGACCCCUGCAGUUCAGGGUCCCAGAGGUGCAGCAUCAGGCUGAGACCCCCCAUGUCUGGGGCUGGGAGGAGGCCGGGGCCCCAGCGUUGAGGCUGAAGAGGACCCAGUCAUCUGAUCUGCUGGAGAGGGAGGUGGAAGAUGUCCUUCGCAGGGAGCGGGAGAUGGAGGAGCAGCGGAGGAGCGCUUCCUUCCCUGAAGUCUUCUCCCCAGUGUCGGAGGAUGAGGGCUGUGAGCGAGACUCUAGGAGCUCCUCCAGGGCAUCUGGCAUCACAGGCAGUUACUCCGUGUCCGAGUCACCCCUGUUCACCCCCAUCCACCUGCACUCAGGCCUGGUAUGGACGGCGGAGCCCCCGACAGACGGUGCUGCUGAGCACAGGAGAAAGGGACAGUGGUAUGCUGGCAUCAACCCCUCGGAUGGCAUCAACUCAGAGAUCUUGGGAGCCACCCGCGUGACCCGCCACAAGAACGCCAUGGCCAGGCGCUGGGAGGCUGGCAUCUACGCCAGCGAGGAUGAGGACUGAGCCUGCCCCUGGCACAGCCAGCCGGUCCCUGUGCCGCCCUGUCGGAACUGCCCGCCCCGGAGGAGCCCCUGACCGCCCCCGACACGGCCGGCCGCUGUGAAACUCCCCGUCUGAGAACGCGGGUCAGUGCCAUGGCCGCGGCGGGUACAUUUUAAACUCCAGCGUUUUCUGUGCCACUUUUUACGUGCCUGGCAGAUGUUUUCCUGGUUUUAGGUCGUCGGCUGGGACUGAAGAGAGAGCCCCGCUGAUUCUUUG